AUCCUCCACCAAUGAAAAUAUGGCCAGCAUUCGACACCCAGUUUUGGGGGGCUCGCUAUAAAGCCGGUCUAUGGAAAGGUUUUAAUUUCAUUCUGCACAUAUAUUGCAUAUACCUAGAAUUCAAUCUACUGAAGCGUGAAAACAUUCUACAGGAGCUGCUUCAUUAUGGAUGCCAAAUCUUAUGAGGCCAAAAUGAAUGGCAAAAAUGUCCAGAGCAAUGGGUCCCAUGGAAAUGGUAUUCAUAGCAAUGGUGUCCAUGGUAAUGGUGUGCACACCAAUGGCAUCAAGGGCAAAGGUGUUCAUCACGUCAGCCUGCCGAGCAGCAUUAACCCUGCCAAGCUGAAAGGACACAUCAAGCGCUGGAACGUCCACGCCUCCGAGAUGUCCAAGAAGACGCUGAACCCCAUCAGGGCCAUCGUGGACGGCAUGAAGCUCACGCCCAACCCUGAGAAGCCCAUGAUCGCUCUCUCCAUUGGGGAUCCCACUGUCUUUGGGAACUUACCCACAGAUGAUAAGGUUCUGCAGGCCAUGAAGGAUGCCAUUGACUCACAGAAGUACAAUGGAUACGCUCCAUCAGUGGGCUAUCAGAAGAGCAGAGAGGCCGUGGCUAACUUUUAUAACAGGCCUGUGGCACCAGUAGAGGCCAAGGAUGUGAUUCUGACCAGUGGGUGCAGUCAGGCUAUUGAGUUGGCCAUCAGCGUUCUGUGUAACCCAGGAGACAACAUUCUGGUUCCAUGCCCUGGAUUCUCUCUCUACAAGACCCUGGCUGUAUCUCUCGGCAUUAAUGUCAAACUGUAUGACCUGCUGCCUGAGAGGUCCUGGGAGGUGGAUCUUCAGGAUCUGGAGAGUCUGAUAGAUGACAAAACCACCUGCCUGGUCGUCAACAAUCCCUCCAAUCCCUGUGGAUCGGUCUACAGUAAGGAACACCUGCAGAACAUCCUAUCAGUGGCUUCAAAACACUGCAUUCCUAUCCUGGCUGAUGAGAUUUAUGGAGACAUGGUGUUCCCAGGGUGCUCUUUCCACUCAUUGGCCACCCUGAGCCGAGAUGUGCCCAUCCUGUCAUGUGGGGGGCUGGCCAAGCGCUGGCUGGUGCCAGGCUGGAGGAUGGGCUGGGUUCUCGUUCAUGACCGAGGGGACGUGUUCGGCACAGAGGUCCGGGAAGGUAUAGUUAAACUGACCCAGAGGAUUCUGGGAGCCUGCACUAUCGUCCAAGGGGCGCUAGAGAGUAUCCUUAACGACACACCACAGGAAUUUUAUCAUCGCACCAUCAGCUUCAUCAAGUCAAACUCGGAGAUUUGCUACUCUGCGUUGUCUACCGUCCCCGGGCUGACUCCUAUCAUGCCCGCUGGAGCCAUGUACCUCAUGGUGGGGAUUGAUAUGAAACACUUCCCCGAGUUCCAGAAUGACGUCCAGUUUACAGAGUGCCUGGUGACAGAGCAGUCUGUCUUCUGCCUGCCGGCCACACCGUUCGAGUACCCAAACUUCUUCCGCAUCGUGGUGACGGUUCCAGAGGACAUGAUGGUGGAGGCCUGUGGCCGGAUUCGCGAGUUCUGCGCCCACCACUACAGACCUUGUAGCCAAGACAGCAAUGAAAUCGACCAAUGAGAGAGAGGGAGAGAGAGAGGGUGCGGGUGGGGGGAAUAGAGAACUGGAUACUGUCAAGCGCACAGAAAGAAAGGGGGAAAGAGAGAGAGACACAAAGAGAGAGAGAGAGAAGUAGAGGGAAGGAAAGAAAGGAAUUCUGGUCCAAAUUAAAGAACAAUGGUUGCAGAACUGAGUUGGAAAGGAUCGGAAGAGUGUGUGUGUUGCACUUAAGAAAGGUUUGAGAGAGUAUUGUCGGUUUCUCUUCGGAAACCCAAGAUUCUGAGCAAAUCAUGUAUUUAUAUUUUUGUACAGCCAAUGUGUGCCUGCCUUGUGUAAAGCCAUUUUGUGUUUUAUACUAUUUGUAAUUUUGGCCGUGUUAUUGAAAACAGAGUCAUUUAUUCCAUCCGUAUAAAAUUAUGCCAAUAGACUAAGGACAAUAUGUAAGUGCUUGAUUCCAGAUGUUGCUUUAGGCACAUCUGUCUCCAUACCUAGCAUGCUGUACUCAGUCUUAGGCAGUUAAAGUCAGUUAUCAUAGCUGUUAAAUGCUAUUUGACCAACAUGGGCUUUGCUUUGUAUAUUCUUUAUGUUUAGUAAUUUCAUGCAUGCUUUCCUUUAUAGCAGUUAAAACACAGAAUGAUGUUAAACCUAUGAAUUUAUCCUGAUGCUAUCAUGAGUAUUUGUAUGUAGGUAUAGUUUUCCACUACGUAGUGAAGAGACAAAUAUUUAAAUAAAAAUAAAUAUGUGAAAGACGAAAAUGUUUUGAAAACAAUAAAAACAUUUUAUAUAA